UCUUUGAUUAACGGGGCCCUAGAUCUUUUCAAAAAGACUUCUCGAGAGGCUUCCAGAAUCACUCCUAAAAACUGGAAACCCAGACUCUCUCCAGGAUGUACCUGAGCACUACAAACCACCGCAUUCCUCUAAGUGAUGGAAACAGCAUUCCUAUCAUCGGUCUUGGGACCUACUCAGAACCUAAACUGAUUCCACCAGAGCAUGUGGAGACAAGAACUGGGAAACCUGGAGAUGAAAUCUAUCCUAAAGAUGAGAAUGGCAAAUGGUUAUAUCACAAGUCAAAUCUGUGUGCCACUUGGGAGGCUUUAGAAGCUUGCAAAGAUGCUGGCUUGGUGAAAUCUCUUGGAGUAUCCAAUUUUAACCGCAGGCAGCUAGAGCUCAUCUUGAACAAACCAGGACUCAAAUAUAAGCCAGUCAGCAACCAGGUUGAGUGCCAUCCAUAUUUCACCCAGCCAAAACUCUUGAAAUUUUGCCAACAACAUGACAUUGUCAUUAUUGCACACAGCCCUCUGGGGACCUCUAGGAAUCCAAACUGGGUGAAUCUAUCUUCCCCACCUUUGCUAAGGGAUGAACUUCUAAACGCACUGGGGAAAAAGUACAAGAAGACAGCAGCUCAAGUUGUUUUGCGUUUCAACAUCCAGAGAGGAGUGGUUGUUAUUCCUAAAAGCUUUAACCCUGAAAGGAUCAAAGAAAACUUUCAAAUCUUUGACUUCUCUCUCACUGAAGAAGAAAUGAAGGACAUUGAGGGCUUGAAUAAAAAUGUCCGCUUUGUGGAGAUGUUCAUGUGGUGUGAUCAUCCCGAAUACCCAUUUCAUGAUGAAUACUGACUUCAUAAUGCUCCUGAACUGAUUUUUCCCUCCCAUGCAUGCCAGAACCUUGGGCUGGGUGGUUCCCCCAGAGGAAGAAAUUUAAAAAGUUUUACUAUCUUUAGAUAAAUUGGUGAUGUUAACACACUUAAGUUUUGUGCAAUAUAAAUGACUUUGGCUUAGGUAUAUGAAGAAAAAAAAUAUGUUUAAAUCUGUUGAAAAAAUUGUUUGGAAACUAUAAGCUAAUAUUUUAUUGGAUCAAGGUCUUUUGGGUCCCAGACAGACAAACAUUAGGCUUUAGAAAAGACUGCAAAGGCAAUAUAUGAAGAUAAAUAACUCACUGCCAUUGGUAGUCUGAGUUCCUUACUUUAGCAGUUAACAGGGCAACAAAGAGGGUGGUGAGCUAGUGCAUGCCAGUGUUGGCAGUGACUUUGAUGAUUUGGACCAUUGACUGUAACACAGACACAGCCAAGAUAAGAUUCACACAUGCAUUAUUAAUAAGGAAGUGAUUUGCUGCACCUUGUGUAAAGAGAAAGGGCUAAGCAUAGAAAAGUCUUAAAAUAGAGCUAAUUAAACACCACAGUGGUCAGCAAAGACAUAAUGAUUUGGUUGUUGUUUGUUUCCAUCCAAUGUGGGUUCAUUUAGCUUUUACCUAGUUUGAGGGAUGGCUAAUUGCUGGUUCUCUCUUGCAUGCUUUCAAGGGCCUGAGAAUGAACAUAACUGGUGAUCCAUUCUUACACUGCCUAUCACUCUUGCCCUACUCAUCAUACAUCCACCAUUAUGUGAAGUAGCUUGAGACAAUCAACAGACACAAAACCCUGAAUCAUAAAAUAAUCCAAAGAUGACUAUUUUUUUAAGUAGGCUCCAUGCUGGGAAACCAGAACUCAUGACCCUGAGAUCAAGAACUGAGCUGAAAUCAAGUCAGAUGUUUAACUGACUGAGCCACCCAGGUGCCCCCAAAGAUGACUAUUUUAAAAGAAGGCAUUUAAAAAGGAGGCUUUAGGGGGUCCCUAGUUGGCUAACUUGGUGGAGCAUGUGACUCUUAAUCUCGGGAUUGUGAGUUCAAGCCUCAUGCUGGGUGUAGAGAUUACUUAAAAAUAAAAUCUUUAAAAAAUAAUAAAAUUAAAAUUAAAAAGAGGCUUCAUAAAAUUAUUAUACUUAGGACUUUGAAAGUGUUAUUGGGAUAACUAUGUGAAUUUCAAGAAAGUAGCAAGUUUGAAAGAACACUGGUAAUAUUAUUAUAUGUAAAUUUUUAAUUUUUAAGUAAGAACAUUAUUAGAAUUAUUCAGUAGAGAUAUACCAAUUGUCAAUUCAACUGGAGCAAUGUAUUUUUUUUUCAUUCAUAUUAAGUCAUUUUCAUUGGGCAAGAGAGUUCUUCAAAAAUUAUGUCUUUCCAAGACCAAUUGCUUACAGAUAAUCUUCAAUGACCUGAAAACAUACAUUUCUGAGAAAUCAGCACUUUAAGAAAACUUGAUCUCACUGUAUCCACUGAUGCUAAUGUAAUGCUGUUCUCUGGAAAAUAUUUUGUUUACAAGUAAUAAUAAAAUGUGAUGAUUUAUU